AUGAGUAACAACCUGGAGAUUAAACUACUCAACUGCGAGGUCGAUAAGAAAACCGAAAGCUACUUCCGUCUUCUGGUUGACGGCAAGCAGGUCAAAUACCUUACUGUCGAACCAGGCACCUACAAAAAUGCUGAGAUGUGCUUUGGUCCAACUCUGUACUCCGUCCUCCCAAGAUUUCCCGCCGGAAAUUGGAACGAUGGUGUUGUGGCUAAAGAUGAAGACGGUCGCCCCUACUUCAUACGUAUCAACCUGACUGACUUUCCCGGCGUGGAGAACACCUGGCAUGAAACCUCCAUCGACUAUCUGAACGUUGAGCUGGGUGAGAGAGUUCAAUUUGAGGUUUAUGAGGUCAAAUGUCCACAGUUCGACGAUAUUGUGAUCGCCAAAUUCCAGCCCUGGUACUGGUAUAUGGAUUCGAUGGAAAACGAAACUACAGUCUACCAGUGGUUGAACGGCCACGGAAUUGGGCCUCGUUUCCUUGGCCAUUUGACUGAACAUGAUCGUGUUAUCGGUUUCUUCAUGGAGCGAAUUCCUGAUGCGCGCCACGCUGGACCUGCGGAUAUUGGCCUCUGCAGGCAGGCGUUGUCUCAACUACAUGCCUUGGGGCUUCGGCACGGCGAUACAAACCGGCACAACUUCCUUAUUAGCAAUGGAAAGGCUAUCCUGAUCGAUUUCGAGGCUACCCACAAAUGUGACAAUGAAGACCUUCUUCGGUUGGAGAUGGAUGGUUUGUCUAUUUGUCUUGCAGAUACUUCCGGCCUAGGAGGUAUUGUUACCCUUGAAGACUUUCAUGGGACUUAUGAAGAGAUGAUGGAUCCAGACUGUUACUAG